GUGUAAAUUUAUGAAUGCUUGUGUUGGCAGAACGGAGACCUGUGCAUCUCGAUUCUACACCCGCCUGUGGAUGAUCCUCAGUCUGGCGAGUUGCCCUGUGAGAGGUGGAAUCCGACUCAGAAUGUCAGAACCAUCUUGCUGUCAGUGAUUUCACUGCUGAAUGAGCCCAACACGUUCAGUCCAGCCAAUGUGGAUGCUUCAGUCAUGUACCGGCGUUGGCGUGACUCUAAAGGCAAGGAUAAGGAGUACGAGAACAUCAUCAGGAAACAAGUGUCCGGGGGUCGAGCUGAGGCAGAGAAGGAUGGAGUGGUGAUACCGACCACCUUGGAGGAAUACUGCAUCAAGACCAAGGUGCGUGCUCCUGAGGCGCCCGUGGACAUGACAGACUUCUAUGUGGACGACUACGACCUGGACGAUGAUGACGACAACUUGGAGCUGUCAGGCGAUGACUACGAUGAUGCCGAUGACAGUGGCAAUGGCGAGUCGUGAUCCUCUCCUCUUUGUGCUCACCAAGCGGACUUGAGUGUACCGGACACAAACUUAACACAAAUUUCCAUGUGAAAACUACAUAAGAUCUCAAAGCGAUCAUUGUUGUGUUAAACUGUGUAAUAACAUAGUAAAUUUCAAGUAAAUUUUAUAUAAACAUAGUUAGAUCCGUUAUUUCAUUUUCUUUUCUUAAGAAUCUUCUUUGAUAUUUAUUUGGUUUUUAUAACAACUGUUAUGAUUGCUGAUUUUUUACUCUAGUUCUUUGUUUGUAAUAAUGUCCUAGGGUAUGUAAUGUUUAGUAACUAAUUUUGUUGUUGAAAUCCUUAGCGCCUAGGAUCGGAUUGAAGGUUUAGUUUGGAUGCUCAGUUUGUUCCAUUACUAACAUCACUGUUCGAUGGCUAUAUACCUGCCUGCAUCUAGAUGUAAGAGCAUAUGAUUCUUUUUGUUUUAUGAGAUUUUGAAAGUGAGUUCAUGUAAUUGUGUAAACAAUUAAGUACUUGUAUUGAAAUUAGGCCGUCUGUUGAGGCGCUUUUAUUCCUAAAAAUGUCCAAGCGAUUUGUGAUUUGGAUGUAUUCUCUUUCAGCUUCUUCAUCAGCCUCAAGCUAAAUAGCUGUUUGGUCUUACAAAGUGAGAUAUUUGUUUAUAGUAAAACAGUGUAGACUUUAUAAUAAAAAUCAACAAAUA